AUGGCACAUAUGCCCGUUCGACCACUACUACAUCAACUGGCCGGCGCCGUCAUUUUGGUCGCGGGCGUCGUUCACACGGCGGCGUGGCUGGCCAUUUGCACCCGAACCAAGGCCGCCAACGACGUGGACUGGCAUCGCUCCAUGCUCAACGCACACAAGAUUCUGCGCUACGCAGCGUGGAUGGACGUAUUCACGGCGCGACCGAUGUGGACCGGGGUUGCGCCCCUCGCCGUAUACAUGCUCGAGCGGCGCUUCCGCGUCUCGCCAGCCUGUGGGGGCCAGACGUACUUGAAAACAGUCCUCGUCACGUCCAACGCGAUGGUGAUCUACUUGAAAACGCCACAUGCACUUCACGCGUUCAAGCCAGGCAUGUACCUUGUACUGGAAGGUCGCGGGCCUGUCGACGAUCGAGUGGCGUCCGCGCCAGAGGACGACCAGCGGGACAAACCGCUCCCGUCCAUUGCGAUCGACGGCCCCAUUAAGGGGGCGCCGUCCGUGGAGCAUGCCAACUACAGUCGUCCGGAUCGGGGGCGGCAUUGGCGUGACACUGUUCGCCUCCAUUCUCAAGCACCUGCUGCACGUGUGGCAGCUGCACCGCUGUCCGGCGUGUGGGUCCGUCCAACUGCCACCCCGAGUCAAAUGCGCAAAGUGCAAUUUUACUGGAUCACAAAAAGGAGCACAACCACAUGGGAUGGUUUCGGAAUGCUCAACCAGCACUACGCCAUGGACUCGGGACCGGCGCCUCACCAGCCAAACGUACCGAACACGAUCCAGCGCGCGCCGCUCAAGCUCAUGCAGUCGUUCAUGCAAGCACGGCAAAACCGCGAUAUUUUCUCGGGUCUCCACGGCUCGAAGAUGCACAUGAGGCGGCGCCCGGGCCAUACAGCUCAAGACUGUGGCUCGCGCAUGCGCAGCGGCAGGGAGAACGACCGACGCCCCGGAAGAAGACGGGGUGUUUUUGUGCGGGCCCGCCAGGGCUCGAUCGACGUGUCGUGGCGAGUGCUGCCCGACUCCACACACGAUCGAGUUGUGGAGUUUCGCGACCACCCAGACAAGAUCUCACGCAAGUAA